ACUUAAAUGCUCUUCUUCCCCACUAGAAAUACACACCACAGAGUGAGAGAGAGAGUUUAAAAGAAGGCCUUUCAUUUCCUUGUGCAGUUUCAGAACACGGUGAACUCUUCCAUAUAGAAACUCAUAAAAAAGAAGUCUAGAAGACAUGGGUGAGGAGAAGAAAGGGGAAGGGAAGGAGGGUGAGAAGAAAGAAGAGGUGAGCAAAGAAGAGAAGAAAGAAGAGAAAAAGGAAGAAGAAGAGAACAUUGAAAUUGUGCUCAAGGUUGAUAUGCACUGUGAGGCUUGUGCUAGAAAAGUCACAAGAUCCUUGAAAGGAUUCCAAGGAGUGGAGGAAGUAACAGCGGAUUAUAAGGCGAGCAAAGUUGUGGUGAAAGGUAAUAAGAGUGUUGAUCCUAUGAAAGUGUGUGAAAGGAUUCAGAAGAAAAGUGGCAGAAAGGUUGACCUCAUUUCACCUAUUCCCAAGCCCCCUGCUGCUGAGGAAACCAAGCAAGAAAUCAAAGAGCCCCCUAAAGAAGAGAAGAAAGAUGAGCCUCCUCCAGUCGCAACAGUCGUUCUGAAAGUUCAAAUGCAUUGUGAGGCAUGCGCUCAGGUCUUGCAGAAGCGAAUCAAGAAAAUUAAAGGCGUUGAAUCAGUGACAACGGAGCUCGGAAGCAAUGAGGUUCGGGUAAAGGGCGUGGUGGAUCCUGAGAAGCUUGCGAGGGACGUGUACAAGAAAACAGGGAAGCAAGCUUCCAUAGUGAAGGAGGAAGAGAAGAAGGAAGAGCAGGAGAAGAAAGAAGGGGAGAAAAAGGAAGGGGAGAAGAAAGAGGGCGAGGAAGGCAAGGGAGAAGAAGACGAAAAGAAAAUGGAGACAGAAAUGAAGAAGAACGAGUUCAUGCCCCCCAAAUACUACUUGGAUUACGCCUAUCCUCCCCCUCAGAUUUUCAGCGACGAGAACCCUCACGCUUGCACCCUCAUGUAAGCAAGCAAAUUAAACCAUUCUCAUCUGGAUCGGAGGGAUCGAUAGUUUUUGAAUUGGUGAAAUUUUUAUGCAAGCUAAGCAAAUUAAGCAAUUUUUCAUGGUCUGAUAUGAUAUGAUGUUAAUAAGCUAAGGCAGUAUGUAAUGCAUCCGUGGUACGGUGGUGUUAGAGUGUUGUGUAUUUCUUUAAUUUUGUUUAUUUUUACCUAAUAAUUUGAACUUUUGGUUGUGUGAGCUGAGGAUGGAGGAGAAGUGAAGAAGAAGCUGUACAUAGUGACUUCAAGAACUUGUUGAAUUGGUUGAGUUGGCAGAUGUAGUUUUAGCACUGCGUGCGUUUUUGUCUGCAGAAUUUAAAUCAAUAUAUGUAUGUAUGCACUUCCUUUUAUUUGCUUUCAUUUUGGCUUACUAAUAAUUCCACCUUUGCUCCUGGUC